AUGGAAUGUUUUCAAUCGACCAACAUGCCUGGCUUUUGGGAUAUCGAAUUCUUAGCUUGGAUACAUUUUAAUAGGUUCAAUGACUUUGGAGUUGAUGGUGGCCCUGUAGCUAAAGAGUUGACUCCAAAGCUUGAUCUGGUCAAGGCACAAUUAUUUUUCAGUUAUGAUGUUCUGGUCUCUGGUGCUCACUCUCUAUAUGUAUCUUUAUAUUACUUGGAGACUGAAUAUUUAAAGGUGAGACAAGCCGGUAUUACUACUGUUUCCCUGAUAUCAGGUGGAGUCUUACUCUUUCUUAUCAAAAAAAUCAUUGGUACUUAUCUAGUUAGGAUGCUUUUUACUUUGUGGUUGUUGGUCCUGUUCUGUAUGAUAUCUACAACUACAAACCUAAGGAACGUCAUUCUCUCCUUUUUGGAUAGAGUUCUUGCGGGUUUGUCCACAAUUUCUUUUUUC